AUGGAGAUGGAGAUCCAGAUGCUGCGCUUCAGCUGGACACAGGCCCUCUGCGGGGAAACGGAGAACCAGCUGACUUUGACAGGAAACCUGCUGGGAAACGACCAGACUCAGUUUGAGCUCUCAUCCUACUGGACAAACGUAUCGUACUUUGAAAUCCCUCUUCCCUGCAGUUCAUAUUAUCGCGCCACGCUACAGAGCAGGAACGCUGCUGGCACGAGCAACAAAUUUGUGCCCCUCAAUGGAACAACAGUGUUUGCCAACACAUACAUCAUAUAUGACAACAGUGUAACACCAAAGGCUCCGCUGUGCAACACCACAAUGCUGUCCUGCUCUCUGUCCAACAUCGCUUCCAACAGUCUGCAGGUCACAGCCAGCAACGCAGCAGGAGAAAGUCAGCCAGUGAACGUCACACAAGAUGCAACACAUUUACGUCUGAGGCGGGAUGUCAGUGGGAAAGAGUCAGAGGACGCUCCACUGCUGGUCGUCAAGCAGGUCACCUCGACAAUCAUCGUCCUUCAGUGGGCUCCAGUGAAGCAUGCUUCUUUUUACAACGUGCUGAUCAGGAGGCAGGGCAGCCCUGAGCAGCACCAGAACCUCAACGUAUACGGAGAGAGCAUCAUCCUCACCGAUCUGAGCCCCGACUCCACCUACUGCUUCUCUGUGUUUGCCGUUUAUAAAGAGAAGAGCGGAGCAGAGUCAGAGUCUGUGUGUGCACAAACGUACCAAGAGCUUACACAGUGA